UCAAUUUUCAACCUUGAAACAUUUCGACAGCAAGAACCAAAUGUUGUAUUUGUUUUAUUUUAAACAUUUUACUUUUUUCCAUAAAGAAAUUAAUGUUGUGAAUAAUUAUUUGGUUAAAAAACUAAUCAAUUUAUAAAAACAGAAAACAUGGCUGAAACAGGAUGUCGACACUUCCAAGCAUACAUUCGAGAUUGCGGAUUGGACACACUCAGUGUUGUUGAUGCAUUUUUCUCGUCAUGCAUCUCAAAAGACGCCCGCAAUAAAAAGGCUUUAUCGUGUUCUUGUUUUGAAUGCGGCAGCUUUGGCCUACAAAUCUUUGCCUGUCUUCAGUGCAUUUAUUUCGGCUGCAAAGGCUCCCACAUAACCAAUCACUUAAAAUCCUCUAAACACCCUCUCGCUCUCGAACUCUCGCACGGAGCUAUUUAUUGUAAUUCCUGCAAAGACUACACCUACGAUCAACGAUACCAGGAAAUCCAAGACAAGAACCGACGCCUCGAGGCAAAGGAUCUUCAGAAAAGUCUAACCUACAGAUGCUGGAGGCCGAGUGCAACCGAAAUUAGCCUCUUGCUAAGCAAUCCAAGAAGAAGGAUGAUCAAGGCCAACCAAACAAUCGGCUUGAGAGGUCUUAUGAAUCUUGGUUCGACUUGUUUCAUGAAUUGCAUAGUGCAAGCACUCAUCCACACUCCUUUAUUGAGUGAUUACUUCCUAUCCGAACGACAUGAAUGCAAUUUGAAAUCCUCCUUAAAAUGUCUAGUUUGUGAGGUUUCGCGCUUGUUUCAGGAGUUUUAUUCUGGAUCACGUGGCCCAUUGUCUCUACACCGCUUUUUGCACCUAAUAUGGAACCAUGCCAAACAUUUGGCCGGCUAUGAACAACAAGAUGCUCAUGAAUUCUUUAUCGCCACUUUGGAGAUAUUGCAUCUGCAUUGCAUAAGCUCGAAGAAUGAGGAAAAAAAUAGAGCGCCACCAUUCAAUACCAAUGAAACAGGUCCAGCUCAAUGCAAGUGCAUCAUCGAUCAGAUAUUCACUGGAAUGCUGCAGAGCGAUGUUGUCUGCCAAGACUGCAAAAAUGUGUCUACCACAAUCGAUCCUUUCUGGGAUAUAUCUCUGGAUCUUGGCGAAGUCGAGGGUGGGACAUCUCCGAAAAGUCUAAUUGACUGCUUGGAGCGUUAUACUCGAGCUGAACAUUUGGGUGAAUUGGCAAAAAUAAAAUGUUCCAUAUGUAAGAGCUAUCAAGAAUCGACCAAACAAUUGUCUCUGCGAACUCUGCCCAGUGUGGCAAGUUUCCAUCUUAAACGAUUCGAGCACUCUAGCAUAAUUCAUAAGAAAAUCUCAACGUUUAUUUCGUUUCCAGCCGAAUUCGAUAUGAAACCGUUCAUGUCGGAAAAGAAUAAUCCCUACGGGGAUUACCGGUAUUCGCUUUAUGCAGUUGUAAAUCACAUAGGUACCAUUGACUCAGGACACUACAUUGUCUAUGUUCGCCAUCAUAAGGACACUUGGGUCAAAUGUGACGAUCAUACUAUUACGACUGCAACUUUAAAUCAGGUUUUGGAUAGCGAAGGAUACCUUUUGUUUUACCACAAAAAUAUUUUGGAAUACGAGUAAGUUUGAAGAACCGAAUGGCGCAUUGGGGUGUUGAGUGACUGAUACAUUUCUUUUCUUUUUUUUUUAUUCGCCCUUAUGAGGAACUUUAUUCGUAUCGUAGAUUUGCCACAAAUCCCAAAAAACAAUCAGAGAAUUCGUUCUUAAUAAUUUGUGUUAAAUUUUCCAUUACGAACGGAUUCUGUGAUAGUUUUUUUCGUCAUUCGUAGUAAAUCUACGAUACAAAUAGAAUUUCUAAUAA